GUUCAUACAAGCAAAGCAUCGAACAGUUUGUGAGCAAUUUCGUAGAGCCUCAGAUUUUCCAAUUUUGAAUUCGUCGCACGUUUUCUAGAUGCAGAAUAUUAUAAUUAUUUUCCUCUUAUUGGAAAUAAUCAAUUAAGAGGUUAUUAUACAAGAAUUAUUGUAAUUAAUUUAUAUUCUGCGUAGCGUUGACUCUACUCUCUACAGUCCUAAUUGGCUCAAAGGGAACAAAAUUCCCCAAAAAUUGUCACAGCGCAAUCGAAUUUGCACAAAUUCGAUUGAACUCUACAGAGAAAAAAAUGGAGCUUCUGAGAUUGUUAGAUCAGAAUAAACAAGAAGAAGAUGAUCAGAAGAAUCAGAUUCAGCUCAAAAACCUUCACGAAGCAGCAAUAAACGGAUCGGUGCAGCUCCUAUCGCAAAUCCUGAAGGAAAAUCCCCAAAUCCUCCGAUCGCCGGAGAUCUCUUCCGCGCCGGAAAUUAACCCCCUCCACGCGGCGGCGCUCCUAGGCCACCUCGAAUUCGCGAGGAAGCUGCUCAGCGCGAACCCCGAGCUGUCGAAGUCGCUGGACUCGAACGGCUCGUCGGCGCUUCAUCUGGCGGCGGCGAAGGGGAACGCGAAGAUGGUGAGGGAGCUGAUCUCGGCGGAUUCUUCGAUGUGCGGUGUCCGGGAUGGGGAGGGGAGGAUUCCGCUGCAUCUGGCGGCGAUCAAGGGCCGGGCGGCGGUUAUGGAGGAGCUGCUGAAGGCGGAGCCGGCGGCGGCGGCGGCGGUGACAGGCGGAGGCGAGAGCUGCUUGCAUCUGUGCGUGAAGUAUAAUCGGGUGGAGGCGAUGAAGGAGAUAUUGCGGUGUUUGGAGGGAGGAGAUGAUCGAUUGGUGGAUUGGAAGGAUCAGAAUGGAAAUACUGUUUUGCAUCUCGCAGUUGCCAAGAAACAGAUUGAGAUUGUCGAGUAUUUGUUAAAUAAUACGAGAAUAGAAAAGGAAGCACGAAACGCAAACGGUUUGACAGCAUUAGAUGCGCUACUACAAAGCCCCGGUGAUUUGAGGGAUUUGGAGAUCAAACAAUGCCUAAUUAAUCAUCAAAACAAUGCAUUCCUCAAGAAAAAAAUAUCUAAUAAGCUCUCCACGAAUACGCAGCCCCAAAAGAAGAAACACAAGCACACGGACUGGCUCGGGCGGAAGCGGAGCGCGCUGAUGAUCGUGGCCUCCCUGACGGCCACGGUGGCGUUCCAGGCGGGGCUCUCCCCGCCAGGCGGGGUCUGGCAGGGAGACUUCCCCGGGAACCCCAACGGGACGAGCCGGGCGGACAGGGCCCACAGGGCGGGCCAGUCCGUCAUGGCGUACACGCUCCCGGACAAGUACGGGCAGUACAUGGUGUUCAACACGAUCGCGUUCCUCGCGUCGCUCAGCAUCAUCCUGCUGCAGGUGAGCGGGCUGCCGAUGAGGCGGAGGCGGUGGAUGUGGACGCAGAUGGUGACGAUGUGGGUCGCCAUCUCGGCGCAGACGCUCACCUACUUCGUCACGCUCAUCAACAUGACGCCCGAGCGCGUGGAGAACACGGUGUACCAGGUGGCGAAGAUCUCCGUCGUCGUGUGGCUGCUGCUCGUGGGCGUCGUGUUCGUCGGGAACCUCACGAGGGCGGUGCGGUAUGUGCUGAGGAAGUAUGGGUAUGUUGAGGAGAAGGAGAGGGAGAGGGAGGUGCGUGUUUAUGAGGAGGAAGAGGAUGAGCUUUGAUUUUGAUUUUUAUUUUUAUAUGUAGAUUUUUACAUACAUGUGAUGUAUACUAGUCAUACUUCCUUAUAAAUCUUUGUCUUCGGAAACGAAAAGAACGAAUAAAUUACUUAUAGUGCA